AUGGCGUCUGGAAUAAGAAGCGUUUACAUCAACCAACGUGCCGGGCUUCUCGGCCCCGUUGCAGACACGUCCCUCGUUCAAGCAUUCCACCAACAAUUGCCCUCCUUCGAGCGAACCCCUCUCGUGUCUCUCGACGAGCUUGCUGAAGAACUUGACGUCAAAGCAGUCUUCCUCAAGGACGAGAGCAACAGGUUAGGACUUCCAGCAUUCAAGAUUCUCGGCGCAUCCUGGGGUACAUACCGAGCCAUCACGGCCGAGCUCGGCUUGCCUGCGAAUACGCCCUUGGGCGAUGUCGCGCAGGGCGCUCAGAACAACUCCAUCUCUCUCUAUGCCGCAACUGAGGGUAACCAUGGCAGGGCCAUCGCGGCCAUGGCCAAGAUCCUCGGCAUCCCCGCGCACAUUUACGUCCCCAGCAGCGUGAACGGAGAAGCUGUGACACUCAUUGCCUCCGAAGGCGCCAACGUUAUCGUCAGCAACUCCCAUUAUGACGAUGCUGUUCUUGAGGCCUGGGAAGCCUCCAAAUCUGCCAACGGCGGUCUCUUGAUCCAGGACAACGCUUUUGAGGGAUACGAGCAGAUCCCCGCUUGGAUCGUCGAAGGUUACUCAACCCUUGUUGUUGAGGCUGAGCAGCAGGUCGCUGAGAAGGGCCUCAAGCCAAGCUUGAUGGUUUCUCCCGUCGGUGUCGGCUCUCUGGCGCACGCUGUCGUGUCUCACUGCAAGUCGGACGGCCGAAACCACGCCGUCCUGACCGUCGAGCCUGAUACUGCGCCGUGCCUGUGGAAGAGUCUGAGGGAGGGCAAACCCGUGUCGGUGCCUACUUUGAGAACCAUCAUGGACGGUCUCAACUGCGGCACAGUCUCUGUCACCGCGUUUGAGGACCUUCAGUCAGGUGUCGACGCCAGCGCGACUGUUUCUGACUUCGAGGCUCAGCAAGGUGUCGACUAUCUCAGAACCAAAGGCGUGAAGAGCGGUCCUUGUGGAGGUGCUACCGUCGCUGCACUUAAGCGCCUUGCGAAAGUCAGCCCCCGGCCGCACUUCUUCUCGAAGGAUUCCGUUGUUGUACUGCUCAACACCGAGGGCCCGCGGAAAUACAAGGCACCUCUCGACGUCUCCAUCGAUGAUGUGGUGAAGUUGACGCAGAUCCUCACAACCAUCGACUCAUCCAACCCCGACCUCUCCAAAGCCUCAGGUGCGGGCGAGGCCGAAAUUGCCAACUACAUCUCCGCCUGGCUGCAGCACCGCGAUAUUGAAGCGCACUGGCUCGAGAAAACUAAGCCGGGACGCCCUUCGGUCGUCGGCGUUCUUCGCGGCAAGGGAGAGGGAAAGUCCAUCAUGCUUAACGGUCAUAUAGACACCGUCAGCUUGGGUAGCUACUCCCCCACACUUGACCCUCUCAGCGGAGAGCUGAAGGAAGAAGAUGGGGGGAAAAUCUUCGGUCGCGGGUGCCUCGAUAUGAAAUCUGGCAUCGCCGCAGCCAUGUCUGUCAUGGCGCAGCUCAACUCAUCAGAAGCCUCGCCUCUUCGAGGGGAUGUCAUACUAGCCGCCGUUGCAGACGAAGAGAACUUCUCCUUUGGGACUGAGGAAGUCAUUGCGGCUGGAUGGAGGGCUGAUGCGGCCAUUAUUCCCGAGCCGACGCUGCAGGAGGUCAUCUAUGCUCACAAGGGCUUCAUCUGGGUUGAGAUCGACAUCCUCGGCGUCGCCGCACACGGUUCCAUGCCGGACAAGGGCGUGGAUGCCAUUCUACUCGCUGGCGCAGUGCAGACUGCUCUUCUCGAGUAUGCCAAGACACUGCCGUCGGACCAUCGCUUGGGCAAGGCAUCGCUGCACGGCGGACUCAUUCAAGGUGGCGAAGAGCCGUCAAGCUAUCCGGAUAGGUGUAGCCUCACUGUCGAAUUCCGCACGAUCCCUUCACAGACCAAAGAGAGCAUUCUACAGGACGUCGAGGGCAUUCUUAAGGAGAUCGCCUCCAAUACGCCGGAAUUCAAGUAUGCCCCGCCCAGAGUAACAUUUGAGCGGCCUUCGUUUGCACUUGAUGAGAACGACGCGUUUCUCAAGACGUUCAUUGACAAUGUCUCGAGUACGCUGGGUACAACCCCGAAGCCAAUUGGGUUGUCGUUCUGGUGCGAUGCUGCGCUGCUGUACCAGGUAGGUAUCCCGUCUGUGGUUUAUGGCCCCAAGGGUGCUGGGCUGCAUGGCAAGGAGGAGUGGGUUGGUGUUAAGAGCCUCCGAGAAGUCACUGCCGUGUUGAAGAAUACUGUCAAGGAGUUUUGCGCGUAG